ACUCCGUUCAGACAGAUUCUGGCCUACAGACAGUGGAAGACUGAAUCUGAGGGAUACCAGAUCAUGAACGUCCUGCUUGCGGCUUUUAAAGGGAACGUCCAGGCCCUGAGGAGGUACUUCCUGUCUGGAGUCGAUGUAAACGCCGUCGAUUAUGACGGCAGGUCGGCUCUGCACGUGGCGGCCGCCGAAGGUCACGCUGAGGUCAUCCGCUUCUUGUUGGAGAACGCCGGAGCAAACCCCGCCCUCAGGGACAGGUGGGGGAGCUCUCCUCUGCAGGAGGCCAGGAGGCACAACAAGGAGGCUGCAGUCCAGCUGCUGCAGGGAUCCACCUGACCCCCAAACUGACCCCAAAACUGACCCCAAAACUGGCCCCCAA